UCGUGUCAAUAUCUGCGCUCACGCACAACAAAAUGUUUACAGUAAAUAUUUACAGUAAUUCACAGGGACAGUGAUGCGGCAGUAUACGUAUUAAUUUUUAACUAUAAUACAAUCGUGACAAAAGCAUCGUGUGUUAACGCAUCGAUUAUAUUGCGCACAUUGUAAUUAAUUGGAAACCAACAAUUUAAUCCUUCGAGUGCAACGGUCUCGAACUUUCGAGCGGUUAGUGAAUGAACAUAACGCGUGCGGUGAACGUCUAUGGACGUUUUGCGAGCAUGAUUAACACGCAUAAUUAUCAACAACCCUCCAUACACGGCGUAUAGUCUGUGAUCAACAUUUAACAACGAAAAAAAUUGUAUAUACAAUGGGCUUACAAAUAGUGAACUCUGUGUUGGACAAAACAUUGUGGAUAGCUGACACGGUGAACCUUUUAUAUUAAACCGAGACAAUGCUUUAUUCUACCACAUUUUCAUUCCACUAAGCUUCAGGUUACUUAAGGCGAAGCUUACAAUAACAAUGAAAAGGAGGAAAUUAUUAUUCUUACGGCAAAGUUACUUUGUUUUGAAUUGAACUUUCAUUACGAAACUGACAAUUACCGAAUGAACAAAAAUGACGGUCUCGUACCAGUCUCAAAUCGCUAAUUCCACAAGAUGUGGAUUCACCAAACUCUUAUUUAUGCGGAAAGGUUCACUUUACAAGCUAAUCUACAGGGAACUUAUCCUAUUUCUAAUGCUUUUUGGCGCGUUGUCUACUAUCUACCGGCAUCUACUUACUUCAGCACAAAAAAAGGACUUCGAGAAGGUUGUUCUUUAUUGUGAUAAUUUUAUUAAUUUAAUUCCAUUAAGUUUCGUUCUUGGAUUCUACGUAUCCUACGUUGCUCAGAGGUGGUGGCAACAAUACCAAGCGAUACCUUGGCCUGAUAAAGCGAUGCAUUUAAUUGCGUUAUAUGUUACGGGGAACGACGAGUACAGUCGUAUGCUUCGAAGAGCGCUCAUGCGUUACUUAAAUCUUUCUUUAAUACUCGUUUUGCGAUCGAUCAGUUCGGCAGUGAAAAAACGAUUUCCAACGCUCGAACACGUCGUUGAGUUUGGAUUUAUGACGUCAUUAGAAUUGGAAUUGUUUCUGGCUGUACCAAGUUUAGAGUUCAACACUUAUUGGAUCCCUUGCACUUGGUUCAUCAAUCUUCUAAAGGAGGCACGUCAAAGACAGAGAAUUCCUGAUCCACAGGGAUUAAAAUUAAUUAUGGAGGAAUUUAAUGAAUUUCGCACAAAAUGUGGCCUCUUAUGGAGCUAUGAUUGGAUAUCUAUUCCAUUAGUAUACACGCAAGUGGUGACACUGGCAACAUACAGUUUCUUUGCCGUUGCUUUAAUAGCUCGCCAAUACAUCGACGGUAAAGAAAAACAAUUCCAAUUGCAGAUCGACGUUUAUGUACCUGUUUUUACGAUUUUGCAGUUCUUCUUCUUCGUAGGAUUAUUGAAGGUAGCCGAACAAUUAAUUAAUCCCUUUGGCGACGAUGACGAGGAUUUUGAAUUAAAUUGGAUAAUUGAUCGUCAUACUAAGGUAUCGUAUCUUGGAGUGGAUACUCUUAUGAAUCGAUGUCCGCCGUUAGUUAAGGACAUUUACUUCGACGAUGAAAAUCUGGUUCUACCAUAUACGGAAGCAGCGGCGGCUUACAAGAAGAAAACAUAUCGUGGCAGUGUGGCAAAUAUGACUGUUCCCGAAGAGAAACAAAGCAUGUUCUUACCAAAUGUUAUGGAAGAAGAAGAGGAGGAAGUUAUGAAACAGUCACUUCAUACAUCGAGUAUAAGUUUAGCUACUCAUAAUAAUGAUAGCCCAUUAAGCGAAACACGCCAGAUCAGCCGGCGCCCUGAUACACCUACGAAGAUUGCUCAAAGUUGUCCUGAAACAGUUUUACAAUUUGAUUUUCAAGAACCGUCGUCGUCGUUUGACGAGCCGGUGAAGAGAGUUUCAUCCUUCGCGAAGUAUUCGGCAUCGCGAAUCGAUCCGAAUCGAAAACCAUUUUUUACGAUAUCUAGAAGCCCCAAAGUCGUUAUGCAGCCCUCAUCUAAUGGAUCCUAUUUAUCAAAAUCUGUCAGACAAAUUAUUGACACGCCUAUAGUAUAUAGUCAUGAUAUUAACCCGUGGAAGGAGUAUGCUCCAAGUGUAUCGUACCAACCCUCGUUAGAAACCUUAGUUGCAGAUCAAACUGCAAGAACGGAGGGACACUGUGAUUUCGAGAAUAUGCAUCCAUCUAAUAAUUUCAGUACGUUUACAAAUGAUAGUCCUCGUUCGAAUGCAUGCCAGUCUGAAUCUCAUGCCGACGCGUGUCAUUUACAACUACCAGAAACAAACUUAUCAACUUUACUGUGCGCAACACCGCAGGGCAGAGGUCUCAAGCGAGUUGUGAGAAGACACAAAUCGAUGGAGAUUGUUAAAAAGAAAGGCAUACAAUGGAAACAAAUUAUGAAAAUGCAACAUAGAAAAAAGGGAGACGACGUGCUAGCGAUCGAAGAAGUAUUGUGUCAAACGAGGAGCUCGCCAAAUUUGAAACACUUGGACAAUGACUCGUUGAAUACAAGCAAAGACAAACACGACGACGACAUAAAUUCCACCGAUAAAGGAAAAUAAGACUAAAACUCGAAAAUGUAUACAUGUGAUAGCAAUUACGAAGUGUAGAGAAUGUAAAACAAUGUAGAAAUUUGUUACCAUUUGUUGUUCAAUGACAUAAUUUGACCAAACAUUUCAUACAAAUCUCAUUCAUUAUUUAUAUAUGUAUGUAUAUUUCAAUGUUAUCGCAUAAAAGGUUUACGUCACCUUUACGGUAAAAGGUUCACAUUUUUUGUUACAAAAUAAUGGUUUUACUUUUUCAAAAUAAUAAAGAACGAAUCCCAUCGAAAAAUCGUAAUAAUUACAAAAAUAUGAUGCUUAAAGUAAUAGUUUAUGUAUAAGUGCUGACGUGUCGGACCAAAAAUAAAAAAAUUCGUAAAAGUACCCCCUGUUUUGUCGCAAUCAAAGUGACGUAAUUCCUUCGGUAUAAUUAUACUUAAGGAAAACCAAUGCCGCUUUUCGUAGUAUCAGAUAUCAGAAAUUAAUAUUUUUUACUAUCGUUUUAGUACGAUAUUAAACAACAUUAAGGGAAUAAUAUUAAAUUUAAUAAUUACAACAUUGAUAUCAUGCGUAAGAUAUUGUUAAAAUGUAAAAAAAUGUAAUCACAUAUUCAGAAUAUAUAUAUUGUCGAAUUAAUAAACACUAAAAAUAUUUAGACUAUACAAAAGCUGCAUCAACAUUUAAUGCGCAUGCACAUUAAUUCUCCAAUUAUAUAUAAAAAAACGAUUUAAUC